AUGAUAUUCUCUAGUUUAUCUUAUUUUUUCGGUUUCCUUGUACUUGCCUUUGCUUUAGCUGAGUCGCUUGUUUCAAAUGAGGAUAUUUACCUUGGUACGCACAAUGCAUCCUCCAUUCUGGAAACCCGAAACAUUUGGUUUGUGACUUUUACAAAAAGCGGAGAGGCUUUUAAAGAGUUUGAUGAUAUGUGGGAAGCCACCUCUAGCGCAUAUCCAAAUCUUCAUCAUGCCAAGGUACUGUGCGAUUUGGAAUUUGAAUUUUGCAAAAGUCAAGGCGUACUUGAGUAUCCUCAGAUUGUUGUUUUACGUAACGGAGUCUGGAUGAGAAAUGUUUUGGACGACAGUAAUCAUUCAGUUCGUUCGACGCUGGAGUUUAUCGAAGCACAUGUGACUCCUUGUGAAAUGGAGUUCUUCAAGUCUGGCUUUAAAUGUCUAACGGAAGAGAAAUACGAAGGUGAGCACUUAGAUUCUCAGGAAGCGGUUUUUGAACUAGAGGAAGACGAAUCCUGGAAGAGAGUCAACACUUUGAGAAAACCGUGCCCGGAUUGUUUUCAGUGGGAGCCUAUCUGGUUAAGCAUCACCCGGAAUGUUGCUGAAGAGUUGACUAUGGGAUACGUGAACUGCGAUGCUGAAGAGGAACUAUGUGCUUAUUAUGAAGUGAAUAAAUUCCCUACGUUUAUAGCUUUCCAACAGCUGGAUGCUUUGAAAUACGAAGGUCCACUGGAUUAUCGAGAGCUAUUGCACUAUGCCAACCAAUUGGCUAGUUACAAAACGUUACAUAUUCAACCACAAGAAAUCGAACUCGUAGAAGGCUUAUAUCCAACGUUUUUCAUCUUCUUUCACGACUACGCUCUUACGUUGGAGGAUGAGCAGUCUAUUAAGCGUAUGGAACUGUAUCUUGCUGGCAAUGCUCCUUUGUUUCAGUCUGAUUCCACUACCUUGGCUAAUAGAUAUGGAGUCCAUACCUUCCCGGCUUUCGUUUCGGUGAGAAACGGUGAACCUUUUCUUUACCAUGCGAAUACACCGCGUCAAUUUCGUUCCCAUGAAAGGGUCCGUAACUGGAUUCGACAAGCAUCCAUUCCAUUGGUUUCAGAAUUGUCACCAAGCAAUUGUCAUAAAAUGCUAGGUCGACAAUUGAGCGUUAUAGCAUUGCUCAACCCAGAGUCCGAAACUUAUCUGGAAGAUCGAGCCAGUUUAUUAAAACUUGGAAAACAUUGGUUCCAGUUUCAAAAGAGGCGGGAACGCAAUUUUAUCUCCCAUCAGCGAGUGAAAAAAUAUACAGCCUUAACAAAGGCUAAAAGAUCCAAGGAUUCAAAGAAAAUCAAACGUAUCAAGUACUCUGUCGUAGAACAUCCAAUCUUCACUGAGUCAGUAUCCUUUCUAUGGACCGACUCCACUGUUUGGCAAACUUGGUUACUCACAAACCUAGGAUACUCAGAGAACUUGAUCAACAAAGUCACCGUAUUUAUCAUAGAUAAUGAACGUGAAGUCUUUUACACCCAAGGACAGGACGGUAGACCCUUGGAACUAGACGAGCCAUCUUUGUUUUCUACUUUGACAGCGAUUCUUGACAACGCUCAUACAAUUUCUCACCAAAACAUGGGUAAAGCAACUAUUUGUGGAGGGAAGGCAUAUAAUAGAAGUGUUUACUUCAAACCAUUUAUUUAUUGCUUAAUUUUGUUUUUAUCAUGCAUCAUGAUUAUUUUACUCAUACAAAAGCGUCGUCGAUCACAACCUCCCCGUACGCAACCCAUUCUUGGUUUUAUGGAUUUUCAUCCUCUACUUACUGUUAAAGCAGACUAA